UUAAGUGUUGAUUGUAGUUUUGUUUUGUAAAAUAUGGAAUUGUUUUUAAGAUUUAUACAAUUUAUGGUGAAAAUAUUUUAUUUUGUGAUACAUGCCCUAUUAAAACUAGCAUUGCCCAGGAAAAAGGAACAGACUAUACCACCGAUUAGGAAUAAGUUAUUAACAUUAUCACUAGUGGAAUUAGUACAACGUAUGAGACUGCAUCAACUGAAAUCAAAGGAAUUGGUACAAGCUUACAUAGAUCGCAUACGAGAAGUAAAUCCACAUAUAAAUGCCAUAAUAGAAGAACGAUUUGAAGAAGCUCUAAAAGAUGCCGAAAGAGCUGAUGAUAUGCUUAACAAAUGUCCAUUGGAUCAGACACAGUCACUCUUUACACGCUAUCCCAUUUUGGGUAUACCAUUUACCGUUAAAGAGUCAUGUGGUCUGAAAGGCAUGGCACAUGUUGUUGGCAGUUUAGAACGGGUGGGCCAGAAAGCUCAAUAUGACUGUGUUCCGGUGGAGAAUUUUCGUUCUGCUGGUGGCAUACCUUUAUUGGUCUCUGCCACUCCGGAAUAUUGUUUUAGCAUAGAAACAAAUUCAUUUACAAAUGAUCGUUGCUUAAAUCCUUAUGAUUUUAGGCGCACAUGUGGUGGUUCCUCUGGAGGAGAGGGUGCUUUGCAUGGCAGUGGUGCGUCUAUAUUUGGCAUUGGUUCGGAUAUUGCUGGUUCCAUACGUAUACCUUGUCUAUUUAAUGGUGUGUUUGGUCACAAACCUACUGGCGGUUUAAUAUCAAACCUGGGUCAUUUCCCCAACUCAGAUGAUCCCAAAUGUUUGGAAUAUUUGCAAAUGGGUCCUAUUACCAGAUUUGGCAGAGAUUUGGGUAUGUUGUUGCAAGUUAUGAUUGGCAGAAAGGCCGAUAAAUUGGAGUUAUUAACCCCCGUAGAUACAAAAGAAAUUAAAGUCUUCUACUCCUUUGGUUUUGAUGGUCUUAAUGGUUUGCUACAUCAACCAGUAGACUUCGACAUACAACUUUCCAUUAUGAAGGCUGUGAAAUAUUUUGAGAAAAAGGGUUGCUCUAACGAACGUGCUCGAAUAAAACAUUUUCGUAAUUCCACCGAAAUGGGCUUGACCGGCAUAGCUCGUCUCAGUAAUUUUCCUUACCUAAUGAGAGCGGACAAUAAACCUCCUCAAGUUAAAGAAAAUAUUAAAGAAUUAAUUAAAGGUACAUUUGGUUAUUCCAAGUACACCAAAGAGGCUUUAAUAUUUGAAUUGAUGAGAUCGACAAAUGUGUUUAUGCCCCGUGAUAACAUGGAGAAAUAUGAAGCGGAAGUAAAACUUUUAAAACAAGAAAUUAUUGAUCUUUUGGGUUGGCAUGGUGUACUCUUCUUUCCCACCUUCCAUAUUCCGGCCAUUCACCACAACAGCUCAGUUUUUCCUUUAUGGGGCAUUGAUUAUUGUUUAAUAUUUAAUAUUUUAGGCUUGCCCUGCACUCACAUACCCAUGGGUUUGGAUAGCAAUGGUUUGCCCAUAGGCUUCCAAGUGGUUGCAGCACCAAUGCGUGAUAAAUUGUGUCUUCAAGUUGCUGGAGAACUUGAGCAAGGCUUUGGUGGUUGGGUGCCACCCACCAAACAUGAUUUUAAAUAAUAAUUAUAUUUUUUUUUAUAA